AAGAACCAGCCCAAGAUGAAGCUUUUCGCAUUGCUGAUCUUCUGCGUGGCGGCAGCCACUGCUCUUCCUCUUGAAGAGAUUGGCGAGGAACAUAUUCCGGAGCCUUACAAGAGAGUAGGCGAGGAACAAAUUCCGGAGCCUUACAAGAGAGUAGGCGAGGAACAAAUUCCGGAGCCUUACAAGAGAGUCGGCGAGGAACAAAUUCCGGAGCCAUACAAGAGAGUAGGUGAGGAACAAAUUCCGGAGCCUUACAAGAGAGUAGGCGAAGAACAAAUUCCGGAGCCAUACAAGAGAGUAGGCGAGGAACAAAUUCCGGAGCCAUACAAGAGAGUAGGCGAGGAACAAAUCCCGGAGCCAUACAAGAGAGUAGGCGAGGAACAAAUCCCGGAGCCAUACAAGAGAGUAGGCGAGGAACAAAUUCCGGAGCCUUACGAAGAGAUCGGAGAGGAACAUAUUCCGGAGCCAUACAAGAAGGUCGGCGAGGAACAAAUUCCGGAGCCAUACGAGGAGCAGGGAUUCGAGCAGAACUGGCAGCUUGUGCCCGAUGGUGAUGGCCGUUUGCAUCUUGUGAACACUGAUCCUUUCAAUCUGGGUAGCCAGGAUGAACCUGCGCCUUUGUUCAAUGCUGAUGCUGAUACCAUCUUCAUGCUGUUCACCCGCAACAACCGUAAUAGUGGACAUCGUAUCACUCCUGGCAAUGCUGGCACUCUUGGACCGCACUGGAACGGAGGUCGUCAGACCCGUUUCAUUAUUCACGGUUGGAACAACAAUGGAGGAUCGGAAGUGAAUGUUAAUAUCCGCAAUGCUUAUCUUGACCGGGCUGAUCUCAACGUGAUCGUUGUUGACUGGGGUGGUGGUGCACAGAACCCGAACUAUGUGACGUCCCGCAACCACAUCACUGCUGUCGGUGCUGCCGUAGCUCGUUUCAUCGAUUUCUUGAACCAGAGCGGAGGCAUGUCCUUCAACAACGUUUACGUUACUGGACACAGUCUCGGAGGUCAUACUGCCGGUAUUGUAGGCAAGCGUGUGACUCGUGGUCGUUUGAACACGGUUGUGGCGUUGGAUCCUGCUCUCCCGCUUUUCUCCAUCAACGAUCCUGGAAACCGUGUGGCGUCAGGAGAUGCCAACUACGUUGAGGUGAUCCACACGAACGGAGGACUGCUCGGUUUCGAUCUACCCAUCGGUCAGGCUGAUUUCUAUCCCAACGGUGGUCGCAGCCAGCCUGGAUGUGGUGUUGAUUUGGCAGGUACCUGUGCUCAUAGCCGUGCUCAUCAAUUCUUCGCCGAAUCGGUGCGUCCGGCACAGAGUGGUUUCAACUCUGUCCGUUGCGCGAACUACGAUCAGAUCCUGAACAACAACUGCGUGUCGUCGGGAGCUAACGCUCGCAUGGGCGGAGAGCCUUCCAACGUUGGUCGUGGCGUAAAUGGAGUGUACUUCCUCACCACCAAUGCCCAGAGUCCGUUUGCACAAGGUCAAGCAGCUUCCCUGUCCGCUCCUGCUUCGAACCAAUGGAUGCUAAUUCCAGACGGUAAUGGACGGUUACAUCUGGCCAACCUGAACCCGUACAACAUUGACGAGACCGUACCGGAGCCUCUUUUCACCGCUGGUACUGAUACGAUCUUCCGGCUGUAUACUCGCAGCAACCGUGACAUGCCACAGGUCGUGCAGUUGAACAAUGCCGAUUCCUUGUCGGCAUCGAACUUCAACACCGCUCACCCGACCCGCUUCAUCAUCCACGGAUGGAACAACGAUGGGUUCUCGGAGGUGAACAUGAUCUUGAAGGAUGCCUGGUUGGAUCGUGGAGACUUUAACGUGUUCACCGUCGACUGGGGAGUUGGCGCACAGACCAUUAACUACCCGUUUGCUCGGGCACGUGUGUCAGCCGUCGGCAACGUAGUGUCUACGUUCAUCAACUUCUUGCAGGCGAACACGGGCAUCAGUUUCGCUAGCAUCAGUAUUGCGGGCCAUAGUCUCGGUGCACACGCCGCUGGCAAUGCUGGAUUCUUCCAGUUCGGUCGCCUGAACACGAUCUUCGGUAUGGAUCCGGCUCUGCCACUGUUUUCGCUGGACAGCAAUGAUCGAUUGACGCUGAAUGAUGCACAGUACGUUGAGUCGAUACACACCAAUGCCGGUCUGCUUGGGUUCGAUUUGCCUCUUGGACAGGCCUCCUUCUACCCGAAUGGAGGACGCACCCAGCCUGGAUGUGGCGUUGACAUUGCCGGUGCUUGUGCGCACGGCCGUGCGUAUGAAUUCUUGGCCGAAUCGAUUGUAUCCGGUGGAUUCACCUCGGUUCGAUGUGGCUCGUAUGAUGAGAUUCUUACUGGAAACUGCUCUGUACAAGGCGCGAGCCGUCCGAUGGGUGGUGAGCCGUCCAACUUUGGCACCGGAACUGAGGGUGUCUUCACGCUCUCUACUCGUGCCGCGGCUCCGUUCUCUCUUGGAUAAACCCGUGUCCCUCUUUAGUGUAUGUGUACAUUUAAAAAUAAAUUUGGCUUAUAUUUAAGCUCCAAUCAUGACCAACGUU